AUGAUGGCGACAUCUCUGGCACAGCAGCUGAAGCGCUUGGCUGUGCCACAGACAUCUUUAUUGAGUCGGGAUUUAAGGAAGGCUUCCUUCCUGUUUGAUCCCAAUGAAGCAGCGGCACUUGACCGGGAUGUCAUAUUUGCAAUUGGUGUCAGUGGGUUUGAGGAGCUCGUUGGUUUGAACCCAGCUUUUCGAGGCUUUGAAGCAACUUUGUUUAAUGAAGCCUCUAAGACAUUCCAGCGAGCUGUGCAGACUUCAGAGGACAAUAAGAAAUUGGAUAAGAUCAUUAAUGACUUCCUACUCCUCCUCUCCCCAUACUUCCUCCUCAAGCCAGCUCACAAGGCUCUAGAAUGGCUUGUCCACAGGUUUUACAUCCACGAGUUCAACAAGGAUGGCUUGUUGGCCUGCAUCCUCCCUUAUCAUGACACACGACUGUUUGUAAGAGCUGUGCAGAUGAUCCGCCUGGAGGGCCAGUGGGCAUGGCUGAGUCCUCUUGGACGGGAGGGGAUCCCUCUCUCCAAGCAGGUACUCUUUAACCGCUGUGCUGCUGACCUUGACUUCCUCCAGCUGGUGUGCAACGCCAUGCGCAGGCUAGUCAAGAAACACAAGAAAAUCAAUCCAGGAGUCCUUCAGACAGCAAUCGGUUUCUACACGACUACUCUCAUUGGUACUAUCCGUGAAUGCAAGAAGGUCAAGGACACAAUUGUUGCAUUGGUGCUGCCUUCGGUGAUCCAAGGUUUGCGGUCUGGAUUGGAGGAUUAUGUGGCAGGUGUCUACAUGGUCCUGGCCCAACUCUGUCGGCAGACAAGGCUCAAAACAACCUUCAUUGAUCAACUCAUCCAGAGGAUUGUUAUGAAUCUGCAUCCUUCACUGAUGGAAGAGGCUGUUGCCCUCUUGUGUCUCCUAUGUCAGUCACAGGACUUCUCUGUCUUUCCCCCUGACACACUUCCCGUGCUGCUCGAUACCGAGGGGAUCCCUAAGGCCCUUGAGGCGAUCUCUGCUGACUUUUCUGUCGGUCCUCUGUUGAUUUCUCUUCUGACCUCAAUCGAUCUAGCAGCAGAUGAUGGAACACAUGUCCAGGCACUGGCCAGAUUGGUCCAGAGCUCCAGACUUCCACAGCACAAUGCCCAGACCUUCAUAGAGAAAGUUCUGCAUUGCUCAGGCUUGGCCGUAAAAUCCAUGAGCGAUUCCACCAUCACUGCAGUUAAGGAACUCCUUGUAUCAUGUGAGAAACGACAUCCGGAGGCCUUUGAUGCAGCUGUGACCCACUGUGCCACCCCAGCUCACAAUGUGGUUCUGGGACGUGAGACCGUGGUGCGGGGUGACCCAAAUGCCCAAACAGACUGGUUUCUCAGACUUCAUCACCCUGAGGCAACUUUACGGGGGGAGGCUGUGAACAGGCUCAUACGUGCCAUCCGUCAGGGAAAGGUGGAAGAGGAAGGCUUUGUAUCUCGGUCCCUGCUGUCCUGCCUUCGGGAUGAAGAACCACUCAUCGUGGAGAAGGUCCUUGUAAUGGGGGAGCUCCUCCUGAAAUUUUUGGAGACUGCAACCCUCCUCGACGAGAUGAAGCGGCUCUCAUGCCUGCAUCUGAGGGACCGCACUUGGCGGGUUGUGUCUCUGAAGGCCGUUGUCCUAGCAAUGGAACACCUGAGCUUGGAUAGCCUUGUCUUUGUCCUCCCAUUCCUGCUCCCUGCCAAGGAGAAACACCUGUCCUUCAUCCGACCAAUCCUUGAUACUCCGUUUGCUCAGAAGCAUCCUCUGCUCCGGGGCCUUUCUGAGUGUAUUUCAGGUGUGACAGAGCUAGAGAAAGCUUUGUGGAAGAUCUUAGGCCAGCUGGCCAUGAAUCUGUCAGAGAUGAUGUCCUCCUCUGUGGAUGCAUUUGGGAAAGAUGUCAGUGAAACUCCAGAGAUGCAUCUGCAGCACCUUGGAAUCCUGGUCCUCUCUCGCACUGUCACUGCCCUCCAGGUGGACCAAGAUGACCUCCUCACUCUCAUGCAGGCCAUGCUCAAUUGCCUCUCACCCAUCCUUCUCUCCAUGGUAAUUCCCUCUCAAGGGAAUGAAAUGAGUGCAUGGAGCAAAGCCUGGGAAGUGUCAGGAAGAACCCUUAUGUGGACGAUCAAGCACUCCCAGCGUGGCUCCAUCUCUGAGAUGCUGCUCCACAUUGCAUUAUCCUCCAUUGCUCACGCAUUGGAUGCACGGAGACCUGAGCAGCCCGACCUGGAAGGUGUAGUCACCGAAUCGUGCACACCUGAGACUAAAUGGUUGUCGAUCUACCUCCAGCUCCUGCACCGAGUGGUUUCACUUCAGGCAGCCAAACCUGAGUCCCAGCUGUGGAGGGAUGCAGUCUCCACUGUCCUGAAGGUUGGAGGUGGAGGUCCCCAGCAGCUGCAGGUGUUGAGUCUAUGCUGGGCAGCAGAUGAACUGUGCCCCAACUCGGGAUUCCACUUUCAUAUCCCCAAGUCCCUCAAGGUGAUAGCCCUGCGCAUCUUAUCCCAGCUGGAUGCCGGGGUGUCCUCGUCUGCACUCCUGGCAUCCCUCCUCGCUUCCCUCACGUCUCAGGCUGCCAUCCGAGAAGCGGCAUUGGCGUGUCUUCAGUUGUUGAGUAAACGCCUUAGUGAGAAUGAUCCACUCAAAUCUCUCAUUGGAGCACUGCUUGCCAAAGGAUCUGAGAUUGAGGGGGACCCCAGUCAUGCAGCAGAGGUGGUGGCAUUGCAGGCAUCCUUUGCCAAUGUGGAGGGGUCUCCAUCCAAGAGGACCAGGAAGAAGGAUCCUAAAGAGGCACUGGAUGCCCUCCUCAGCAUAGUCACUGACGAAAGGGCUCCACUCCUCAUGCAGAUCCGGAUCGGGCUUCUCCAUCUCCUUUCUUCUGUUCAUUCCAAGCCAAUACUGGAGAGACUCCUCCCCCUGCUGAGGCAGGUCCUGUCAAAGAGACCCAGUCCAGAAGAGCCAGAGAAAUGGGUCCUGGGGGUGCAGGAGUCCCAGUUGGUGAAGCUGAUCACCUCCCGGUUCUGUGCCCCACCUGUUGCCUCUUUCCUGGAUGGUGAUUUACUUGAGGAAUUUCACUGCUUGCUCAGAGAUUCUGUUACUUACUUGACUGGGACCCAAGCUGGAACCGAGUCACUUGCUCGCUACCUUGUCUCUCAGCUGGAUGAUGAAUUUUUUGGAGCUCUAAGUGGGGAAGAGAUUCAGCUCAGGGUGGUGUCCACUCUGAUCGAUGUGACCGUCCAGCCUGGAUUGCCUGAAGUGGUCCUGGAGGUGAAGAAGGUCCUCAACAAGCUCCCCCUCUGUGCAUCCUUGGUGACGCAAGAACUGAGGCGGUUGUCACAGCUGGAUAUCCUUGUGGAUGCACCCCAGAAACGGGCCAGGAGGAUCCAGUCCCGACUUAGCCGGACCAUGGAAUUAAAGGCAAUACCAGAGACAGAAGCAUCACCAUCAACCAAUCUGAAUUGGAGGCAGAAGCUGACCCUCUUCCUUGAGGUUCUCCGAUCAAAUAAGAAGAUCCAGGACUUCCACAAACUCCUCUCUCCGCUUUUUGGUGUCCUCCAAAAGUCCCUGGAAUGGCUGCACCCAGGAGACCAGGAUGAGGAGGUGAACAGUGUGGAGUACAUCCAGGAUCUGCUCCUUUCCUGCAUCCAUGCUGCUGUGAAUGCCUUGAUGGGUAACAAGGACAAGACGGAUCUCAGUCCGGAAUCCUUCCACGUGGAGCUCGUCGUGCAGGUGGUCCGUAAUGCGCACAACCCACAGGUUUUUCAUCAGGCCUUCCUGCUCCUCUCCACUGCUGCAGAGCUCUUCCCGAAGAAAGUGCUGGAGAACAUGAUGGGGAUCUUCACAUUCAUGGGGAGCACAGUGCUUCACUUUGAUGAUGCCUAUUCCUUCCAGGUCAUAAACAGGGCCAUUGAGAGCAUCAUCCCAGCUGCCCUCCAGUCAGAGAAAAGCCAAGUGGCUGCAGCUGGCAUCCUGCGUGUGUUCGUUGGGGCAGUUGCAGACAUCCCUGUCCAUCGUCGCAUUUCCAUCUUCACCAAGCUCAUUGAGACUCUGAAUCCAGAACACUCUGUGUGGCUGCUUCUACUCAUCUUCAUUGAGGCUCACGUCCUCAAGGAGUCCUCAUCUCUAAGCGAGGUUCGAGUGGUUGAGGGUCCUGAUGUGGGAAGAAGUGAUUCGUUGCAGCUCCCCUGGACGUUUGAGUUGGCCCUCAAGGUCGUGACCUCCCAGGCACCACAGUGCCAGUUGGAUGCUGUUGCACAGUGCCUCCAUUUCCUCCUGAGUCAUCCUAUGGAGCCAGAGAAAUCAGCAUUCUUGCCAUCGACCCCGAUGAGAUCUCCUGCCAGGAAGCGGGUGCGCCAAGACUCAUUCAGCAAAACUUUGAAGCAAGAUACUAUCAUCAACUUGGACCAAUUCACGCCGAAACAGUUCCGCCAUUUCCAGUUUGCUUCCCUCAAACUUCUGUCUGCACUCUUUGCCACUGAAGGACCCAUCACCCAGGGUUUAAGAGUCCGAUCACCUCGGCAGGUUGAGAAGUACAACGAGGAGAUGUCGAGGACCUUUCGGAACUUUCUGGAGGCCUUGCUGAAGUGGAUCGAUGCUGCAGGGCAAGGACUGGCCAGUGGCUCAUCUGAUCCUGCCUCGUCUCGAUUCUGGAAAGCCAUCGUUCAAAAGAGUUGUGAACUCCUCGACAAGGUGACGAACCUGCUGCCUAAGGAUGAGUUUCUGCCAGUGGUACUCCCCCUUCUAUCGCACCAGCAGCCAUUCAUCCGGCAGAAGAUCCUGGAGGUCCUCAGCAUCCAUCUGGCCCGACCGGAGUUUCUUGAGUCUCCUGGGGAUGUGGGACCUCUUCUAUUGGCAUUGAGACCCCUUGUGGAGCCACGAAAGAAAGGGACAAGGAAGAGGAAGGAGGGCGAGGAGGAGGAUGUCUCAAUCAUCCCACAGCUGGCACUUUAUGCUCUGAGGCUGCUGUGUCGACUUGCUGGAUCGCAAGACUUGGAGUUUCAUCAGUUCGUACCUGUGUUGAAUAAGAUGAUUGAAGGAGGAGAGAGCAUCCACCCGGCAGUACUCGGCUCAGCCCUGCUCUGUGUGGCGGAGAUCAUCCGCAGCGCCCACCUCCUCUUCAUCCCUCACAUCAACACUCUCAUCCCGGCGCUCCUUGGCAUUCUCGACUCAUUCACCCACCGCCCCGCGAUCCAGAAGACAGACUUGGUGCUAAUGAGUGCACUGGCAGUGGUGCAGAGGGCAUGCAUCCACAUCCCUGCAUUCCUGAGCCCACACCUCCCUGACAUCCUUUUCCAUGUCUGCAUCCUCAUGGGCCAUGCACAGGGGGAGGAUAAGAAAGAAGACAAGGGGCACCGGACCUCCUCGGACAAUCCCCCCUCCCUCUCUGGCCGACUCAAGGGCAUCUGUGACUCCCUUUGUGGACCGACCAUGACCGGGAAGUUGAUCCCUGCGAUCGAGGGUUGCUAUGAUCGCCUGAAGGAGAGGGGAGGGUCAAAGCCCAUGGCCGUUCUCCUUGGAAUGCUCUCUGUGCAUCUCAACUCCCUCGACAAGAUUCGCAUCGCCGAUAACCUUCAGGAACUCACUCGGUUCUUCAUCAAGGAGUCUGUUCCAUUGAAGGUGCUGAACUACCGGAGCGAGACUGGAGCGGAGCCAUCGUGCGAGGAGGUGGAGGGCAGUGCAAUUGAGGCAUUCCUUGCCCUCCUCUUGAAGCUGUCAGAGCAGACAUUCCGACCGCUCUUCUUCCGCCUCUAUGACUGGGCCACACGACCCGAUGCUCCCCCGUUACGAAUUCUCACCUUCUACAGGUUGACAGAUCGCAUGGCAGAUUGCCUCAAGAGCCUCUUUGUGCUGUUUGCCGGUACAUUUUUAAAACAUGCUGCUGGUGUUCUCGCCAAGACCAAGAACGCCGAGAGCCUCUACUUCGAAGACGUGAGCGACCCCGGAGGCCUGACGGAUCGGCUCCUCACCGUUGUCGUGGACACUCUGUCCAAGGUCUUCGUCCACGACCAUGAACAGUUCAUCAAUGAGGACCGCUUCAACAUCCUACUCCAGCCACUUACUGACCAGGUUGAGGCUCUUUUCUUCUCAGGUAAGAAGGAACAGGAUGAUGUUCCCUCAUUGAGCGCUGAAACUACAAAUGAAGAGGCUGUGUAUGUUGCAGGAAAAAAAAGCUAUUCAGUGAGGUUACGGAAGCUGAUAAAGAGAUGA